AGCGCACCCACACCUGCCCUCAUAUAGCGGUCUAUACGCGCAACAUGUCGCAAAAAUCGCAUGUAUACACCCACGGCCACCAUGAGUCUGUCCUGCGCUCGCACUCUUGGCGCACUGUCCAGAACUCCGCUGCGUACCUCAUCCCGCACCUCAAGCCAAACAUGACCAUCCUGGACGUCGGCUGCGGGCCAGGCACCAUAACCACCGACUUCGCCCAAAAUUAUGUUCCCCAGGGGCAUGUCACAGGACUCGACGUCCCAGACAUCACGGAUAAGGCUCGCGAGUAUGCCGCGUCCAAGGGCGUUACCAACAUCACCUUCACCUCUGGUGACGCCCUCAAUCUCCCCUUCCCGGACGCAAGCUUCGAUAUCGUCCACGCCCAUCAAGUGCUACAGCACGUCUCUGACCCUGUUCAGGUGUUGCGCGAGAUGCGGCGCGUCGCGAAGCCCGGAGGGCUCGUCGCCACCCGCGAAAACGAUCACUCUGCCAAGGUCUGGUGGCCGGAUAUUGAGGGGCUGCAACAGUGGAGCGAGGGCUAUAAGGCGGUCGCCCGCGCUAACGGCGGCGAGCCCGAUGCAGGUCGUCGCCUGCAUGUCUGGGCGAAAAAGGCCGGUUACCCUGCCGACAGCCUCACCUUGUCCGUCGGGACCUGGUGCUUCUACACCCCGGAGGAUCGCGCAUGGUGGGGCGGCCUGUGGGCGGAUCGCCUGUUGUCGUCCAACUUCGCACCUACAGCACUCAAGCAUGGCAUUUUCACACAGGAGGGGCUCGAGAAGGUGGCAGAAGCAUGGCGUCGGUGGGGUGCGGAUGAGGACGCGUGGUGCACUCUAAUCCACGGUGAGCUAAUCGCAAAAGUCUGAAGAGUACGACAGAGUUGUACAUGUGCAUAUUAUUUGUCUGUACCCUCCUUCCCUUGGCAAAUGACUGUACAUAUAUAUGUAGCAUCCUAACUGAGCCGCGACAUCUUU